CUAUGUGUGCUGUGCGGCUCCAGCUAUCUCCAUCCUCACUACAGCAGCAGCGUCCCGUCCACAGCCUAGAAACAGCACCGCCCGGCGGGAACCCGCUGACGAAGCACCGCCCGGCUCAGCUAGCCCACCCGGCGCAUGGACGCUCCAGCACAAUGGCAGAGGAUUUGGGGGUGCCUCUGUCGUAUACCAACAACAGGUCGCAUGGAUAAUCCCUCCACAACAACCCUCCCGCAUCAUCUCGUUUUUGGGAUGAUUAGAGCGCAGCUGUCGGCUUGAUGUGACAGGAGAGCCGUGCGGGAGCGGGGCUUCUUGUCCCGGCUGUCGACCGAGAGCAAAACGGCGUGGAGCAGGUGUAGUGUGGCUGCGGGGCUCAGCAGGAUGGAAAUAGAUGCCCGUUUCCGCUACUAUUUCCAGCACCCGUGGUCGCGCCUCAUCGUGGCCUACCUGGUCACCUUCUUUAACUUCCUCAUCUUCGCAGAAGACCCCAUCUCUCACAGUCAGACAGAGGCCCAUAUGAUCGUAGUGGGCAACUGCUUCUCCUUCCUGUUCAACAAGUACCCGGGCCUCGGAUGGAACAUCCUGAAAGUAAUAUGCUGGAUACUGGCCAUUAUCACCGGCAUGUUAGCUGGGAAGUUUAUAUUCCACCGCCAGCUCUUUGGUCGAUACCUGCGCCUGAAAAUGUUCCGCGAGGAUCAUGGCUCCUGGAUGACCAUGUUCUUCAGCGCCAUCCUCUUCCUCUUCAUCUUCUCACACAUCUACAACAUUUUCCUGCUGAUGGCUGGAAGCAUGGAGCCUCACUUGGUGACGGAUUACAUGGGCAUCAGGAAUGAGAGCUUUAUGAAGAUUGCUGCCGUGGGGACGUGGAUGGGAGACUUUGUCACAGCGUGGAUGGUGACGGACAUGAUGCUCCAGGAUCAGCACUACCCAGACUGGGGCAAAGCAGCCAGAAGGUUCUGGAAACAAGGCAACAACCGGAUUGUUCUCUUCUGGACUGUGCUCAUCACUCUGACAUCGGUGGUGGUUCUGGUCAUCAGUACGGACUGGAUCAGCUGGGACAACCUGAACCGCGGCUUCCUGCCCAGCGACGAGGUCUCCAGGGCCUUCCUGGCCUCCUUCAUCUUGGUCUUCGACCUUCUCAUUGUCAUGCAGGACUGGGAGUUCCCGCACUUCAUGGGUGACCUGGAUAUGAAUCUACCAGGAAUGUCAACUACGCAUGUGAAGGUCAAGCUUCCCGUCUGCAAGAGUAUCUUUAAAGAGGAGUACCACAUCCAUAUCACAGGUAAGUGGUUCAACUAUGGUAUCAUCUUCCUCGUGCUGAUCCUGGACCUGAACAUGUGGAAGAACCAGAUCUUCUACCAGCCCUACGAGUACGGUCAGUAUGUCGGCCCCGGUGAGAAGAUCUUCACAGUGGAGGAGCCAGAGACUCUUCGCUUCUUCAACCGCAGCACUCUCACCUACAAUUGGCGCUCCAGCAACAUUAAUCCCGACAGCAACUUAACCUACGUGGAGCGGGACAUGUUCCUCCACAGCCGCUGGACCGGAUCCAGCCUGGACAUCAAGUGCCUGGCUUUCAUCCCCAGCCUGGCGGCGUUCGUCCUCUUCGGGUUCUUCGUUUGGUUGUUCGGGCGUUUUCAGGACAGCGAGACCUUCACGGAAAACCCGGACAAGUCGUACGAGAGGAUAAAGAGGAAGUCCCCGUCUGAGUACAGCAAGGAGAUGGGUGUGACGCCAGAGGAGAUGCAUAUCAACAUGAGUGACACUCUGAAACGAAUGGGAACGCCUAUGCUUCUCUCGGUGGACGAGCGACACUUCGGAGCGACGCCCUCUACGAACUCAACUAUUUCCAUGGAGACCCAGGAGACGCAUCCGAGCAUCGUGAUUGACAGCGCAGAGCAGGAGGAACCAGCUGUCUCUUUUGAUGUCCACAAACUCUCUCCGUGACCUUAUGAACUCCUUGAACUUCGAUUUUAUAAAUGAGAGCUCAAGAUUCACUCGGUCAAGAUCCUAAGACAUCUCUUUUUCCCUGGACAAGACCAAGCUUCAUCAGAAGUUGACCAAAACGGUUCAUGAGAUCUGGAAAAAAAAAGGACAAAGUGAUGUUCCAUAAUCACAAAGAUGAUGGCUGUAUUUGUUUGAAUAUAUUUUUCUAAAUCUAUUUUUUAAAACGGCACCGAGUCUGAAAACAAACACAGAAUGCAAAACUUUUAAUUGACAUGGUGCUCACUCGGGUUUUGCAUUUUCAUAUUUCAAUUUUGUCACGGGGAAGCCAUUGUGGUGCCUAUAUAUCAGAGGAGUAUUUCUACAGUCAUGACAUUGCAGCCAGGUGGAGUUUAUUGUAUCAGACCAGUGUUACAGCUACACUAGUGCCUUGCUAUUUCGUAUAUAUCCAGAUACACACAGAAACUUAUUCAGUCUAUGCUACUAAAGGCAACAAAAUGAAAGAAGUCCAAAUUACAGUAUGCUAUCUUAACUUCUUAUUUAUGCUUUCAUAUCAUCCAGACAAUUGUUACCUACGUCAAUCUCACUCCCACUUAUUGUUAAAUGACAUGAUUAUGAACAUCAAUGCACUUUGAUGACCUUUUCAUAUCCUCUCACUUGAUAUUAGCUGCAGAGAUAAUAAAUGCAAUCAGCUAAGAUCAAAUACCUAACCAACAAUCCACCUCAUGAUUGCUCAUGUGGCUUGCUGCACCUGGACUGAAUACCAACCGAGUCAGAAGGGGUGGUUUUGCCCUUGGCAUAAACAUGCCAUUGAAGUGCAGAGGAGGCUUCUGCUCCAAAGCUCAGGAUUUCUUUAUGUCUAGAUAAACCUUAAAAGUUUCAGAAGCAGUUUUUUCAGACAUGUUAAAUGCAUGAAGAAUUAUUUAUUUAUUUAAACAUUAUCCUAGAGUAACAAAAAAAAAAAGAAAUCUGAUUUUCAAACGCAGCUGAAGCCUUCAGCAUUUAUCUGGCUUGAAAAUGAUUCACUGCCUUUUCACAUAUUCUCCUACCGACGCUACGAAAUCUUAUUUAUAUUGGGAGUUUUUGGUCCAAAAAGCAUGCCCUUCAGUUCUUUCUGUGAAGUGCAAAUACUAACUCAAUUACCAAAUGACUUACUAAUGCUUUUUUGGGGUGUGUAAAAGUACUUUGCAUUGUAAUUUGACCAAAGAUUCCAAAUAUUUAAGUGUUUGGAACAAAUAAUGCUGCAUAAAAUGAUAUGCUAAUUUAAAGGAGACGUAUUCAUGAUAGACAGAGUGGAAUGAUAUUAUAUGUUCUUGCACCACUCUGCAUUAUAAUGGACUGUAAUGUACCGUAAUGUCCUGGAAAACGAUAUCCCAAAAAGAGGGAAAUAUCAAAAACUAACCCCAUAUUUUGCUUCCUAACCCAGUAAUGACAAAGUUUUAUCCAAACAUUAUUUUCAGUAAUGAGCCCGGGGUGUGCCGCUGGAAUAGUUACACAAUCCUGCGUUGUUUAACUUUAAUCAUUCAUUUCCUUAUUCCGUCUU